AGCUGCAGCGCCCUCGGCUCCGCGCCCGCCCACGGCCCGGCCCCGGCGCCGGGAGUACUCUCAUGCGCCCGGCGCGGCGGCGCCUCCCCGGAUCCCAGCCUCUCCCGGCUGCCUCGUCGCGUUCUUCGGGCUGAGAGCGCCGCUGCUCCCGCGGCCGGCAAUGCGGGGUCCCCGCGCGGCAGCGUCGCGCUCGCCUUUGGGCCUGUGCACUCUGGUGCUUGCGCUGCUGGGCGCACUGCCCGCGGGCGCCAGGGCGCAGCCGUACCACGGCGAAAAGGGCAUCUCAGUGCCAGACCACGGCUUCUGCCAGCCCAUCUCCAUCCCGCUGUGCACGGACAUCGCCUACAACCAGACCAUACUGCCCAAUCUGCUGGGUCACACAAACCAAGAGGACGCAGGCCUCGAGGUGCACCAGUUCUACCCGCUGGUGAAGGUGCAGUGUUCUCCCGAGCUGCGCUUCUUCCUCUGCUCCAUGUACGCACCCGUGUGCACCGUGCUGGAUAAGGCCAUCCCGCCGUGCCGAUCUCUGUGCGAGCGUGCCCGCCAGGGCUGCGAGGCUCUCAUGAACAAGUUCGGCUUCCAAUGGCCGGAGCGGCUGCGUUGCGAGAACUUCCCCGUGCACGGCGCGGGGGAGAUCUGCGUGGGCCAGAACACGUCCGACGGCUCCGGGGGCCCUGGCGGCGGCCCCACCGCUUACCCCACCGCGCCCUACAUGCCCGACCUGCCCUUCACCGCCCUGUCCCCGGGUGCCGCUGACGGUAGGGGCCGCUCCGCUUUCCCCUUCUCGUGCCCCCGCCAGCUCAAGGUGCCCCCCUACCUGGGCUACCGCUUUCUGGGCGAGCGCGACUGCGGCGCCCCUUGCGAGCCGGGCCGUGCCAACGGCCUCAUGUACUUUAAGGAGGAGGAGAGGCGCUUCGCCCGCCUCUGGGUGGGAGUGUGGUCGGUGCUGUGCUGCGCCUCGACGCUCUUCACCGUGCUCACCUACCUAGUGGACAUGCGGCGCUUCAGCUACCCGGAGCGGCCCAUCAUCUUCCUUUCGGGCUGCUACUUCAUGGUGGCCGUGGCGCACGUGGCCGGCUUCCUGCUGGAGGACCGCGCCGUGUGCGUGGAGCGCUUCUCAGACGACGGCUACCGCACGGUGGCGCAGGGCACCAAGAAGGAGGGCUGCACCAUCCUUUUCAUGGUGCUCUACUUCUUCGGCAUGGCCAGUUCCAUCUGGUGGGUCAUUUUGUCGCUCACUUGGUUCCUGGCGGCCGGUAUGAAGUGGGGCCACGAGGCCAUCGAAGCCAACUCGCAGUACUUCCACCUGGCCGCGUGGGCAGUGCCCGCCGUCAAGACUAUCACCAUCCUGGCCAUGGGCCAGGUGGACGGGGACCUGCUCAGCGGGGUGUGCUACGUGGGCCUGUCCAGCGUGGACGCGCUGCGAGGCUUUGUGCUGGCACCCCUGUUCGUCUACCUCUUCAUCGGCACGUCCUUCCUGCUGGCCGGCUUCGUGUCGCUCUUCCGCAUCCGCACCAUCAUGAAGCACGACGGCACCAAGACCGAGAAGCUGGAGAAGCUCAUGGUGCGCAUCGGCGUCUUCAGCGUGCUCUACACCGUGCCGGCCACCAUCGUCCUGGCCUGUUACUUUUACGAGCAGGCCUUCCGCGAACACUGGGAGCGCACCUGGCUCCUGCAGACGUGCAAGAGCUACGCGGUGCCCUGCCCGCCCGGCCACUUCCCGCCCAUGAGCCCCGACUUCACCGUCUUCAUGAUCAAGUACCUGAUGACCAUGAUCGUAGGCAUCACCACUGGCUUCUGGAUCUGGUCCGGCAAAACCCUGCAGUCGUGGCGCCGCUUCUACCACAGACUCAGCCACAGCAGCAAGGGGGAGACUGCAGUAUGAGUCCCUGCCCCUCCCCCACCCUUCUUUCUCCCACCCCCUCCAAGGGGUUAAGGAGAGGUAGGGAAAGAACUGAUGGGUGGGGGGCUUGCUUCUGUAACCUCCUUCCCCUUCAAUGAGAAGUGACCUGGAAGUGAGAAGAUGUAUGUAGACUCUGGACAUGGAAUGGGUUUGGAAAGGAAGCCUGAGUGGAGAGACCGUUUGGAUGAAAAGACUUCUGGCAAAGACUUGCAGGAUGAUGAUGAUGAUGAUGAUGAUGAUGAUGAUGAUGAUGAUGAUGAUGAUGAUGAUGAUGAUGAUGAUGAUGAUGAUGAUAACAAUGAUGUUAAUCCUGUAUGGUACCGGCUGACUUGGGCCAAUCGAGAAGACUGAGAUCAGAAGGUUGCUGUGAGUUCUUCCCGGCUCUGGGGCUGAACUGGGACUGUGAGCGAUUCCCCUGCUGCAAGACAAGUGGCCUGUCCUCACUCCUGUGAGGCCCGGGUGAAAGGUACAGCUCUGUCUGCAGCGGGCGGCUUUGUUGGGAAACGGGAGGGCUCCCUGCAGUGUUCUUGUCAAGCGGUGGUCAAACCAUAAUCUCUUUUCACUGGGGCCAAACUGGAGCCCAGAUGGGUUAAUUUCCAGGGUCAGACAUUACAGUCUCUCCUCCCCUCCCCCUCCUGCCUGUUUUUCUCCCCCUAAGCAUUUUGAAGUCUUGGGAGGCCUGCCUCCUAGAAUCCUAAUGCAGGAUGCAAAAGAAAUGAAGAUAACAUUUUGCAAUAAGGGAAAGGAGGCGAGUAGUAAGUAAUUCUACUACUUUUUUAUUUUCUGGGGGAAUGCAGGAGGGGGGAAAAAGGAUGUUUUAUUUGUGAUGACUUGUUGCUUUUCAAAACAGGAAUGCAUUUUUCCCCUUGUCUUUGUUGUAAGAGACAAAAGAGGAAACAAGUGUCUCCCUGUGGAAAGGCAUAACUGUGAAGACAGCAACUUUUAUAGGCAAAGCUGCGCAAAUCUGAGGUUUCCCUUUGGAUGUUAAUUUGGUUGAGAUAAACAUUCCUUUUUAAGGAAAAGUGAAGGGCAGCGUGCGUCCAUACCCUUUCCAUCAGACGUUCUGACUUGGCUAAAGGAAAUGCAAGGGGUUUUGUUAUGUUUGCUUUAAGUAAAUUUAAUUCGGAACACAUGAUCCAACAGGCUCUGUUAAAAGGUUCAGGGAAAUCUCUCUCUUUUUUUUUCUUCCCAUAAACCUGCAUUUAGGUUUUCUUUCUAUUUUUUUCCUCCAAUUUGAAUUCUUCAACAUAAAAGAAGCAUAAUGCCUUUAGCCUCAUAAUAAAGGAAAGUUAAAAAAUUUUUUUAAAGUAAAGAACCAUUUUGUCUUGUUUUCUUUGUUCUAUAAAACCGUUUAUAAAAUAUCAUGUGUAUGCUGACCCUGUCUUUGUGUGGCUGGGGCAGGGAGGUGGGGAGGUGACCUGCAGAAAUGUUAGUGAAGAGGACAGUUUAAACCAUGGACCCCAUUUUUAAGGAAAGUCAUUAAAAACAAGGUAAACUUCAAAGUAAUUCUGGAGUUCUUUGAAAUGUGCUGGAUGACUGAAAUUUAUUAAUCUUAGAUCAUGUACUUUUUUUUCUAUAAUGGAACUCCAAUUCUUUUGCAUAAUGGUCUAAAGCUAAACAGCAUCAUGGGAGCUAACCUUUACUCCACGUUUGACACCACCCAAUCUGGCAACACUAUCCUAUUUCUCAAAACAGCUUUUAAAUGCUGUUUUAAAUAGUUUUUAAAAUCAUAGAGUGUACUGUCAGGAGUACAAGUUACUUUAUAUACAUAAUGUUCGGUUGAGUGGAGCUGCUUUUUAUAUUAAAGUUAACAUUGACGAUGUGUUUCUUAAACCUUCAAAAUGUCUCAUUUGUCAGAUUUUUAAAACUCCCACUACACAGUUUUUGGCAUCUUUUGUGUUGUAUCUCUUGCAUGUGAAAUUUGUAAAAUAGAGACAAGUGCAGUAUGUAUAUUUUGUAAAUCUCCCAUUUUUGUAAGAAAAUAUAUAUUGUAUUUAUACA